CAGCCAGGCCCAAUCUUCAACCACGCCGCUGUCGAGGCCCGACUUCCAAACGCGUCAGCGCCGGGCCCCUACCUCCACUCACGCUGCCACCGAGCCCUGACAAGCGGCCCUCCGGCUAACCACCGCUUCCCCUCCCGCCGCACGCGCCCUUCGGCCAACUACAGCCUCCCCACCCCGUCCCGCUCGUCUCCCGACCAACCAUCGCCUCCCCAUCCCUCUGACCUCGACCUGCAACUGGUGGUGGUCUCGACCUGCAGCAGGGGGGUCUCGACCUGUAGCUGGUCCGUGCUGAUAGGGAUCAUCUUCUCUUGCAGAGAUCCAUCGACGUUCCUUGCUGAUGGCUGCCCGAGCUAUGAGAAUAAUCGGCCUCCAACCGCCUCGGCCUCUCACCAACACGCCCACCUGCAGUUCAGUUCAAUCUGGUUUGUUGAAGAAGGUCGACUCUAUCCUGGACAGCACACAGCCUCCUCCCAGUGGGGCCCAUCACGCUCAGGUCGUUCGUCGCUGCCACCUCCGGCCGUUCAACUACGCAGCGCUAAGACGUUCAUCGCCAUCAGAAACAGCGACGAGCACGAAGACACCCCCUCAUGCUCAGUGCUCUGUCCGGCAUAACACAAGAAGUUCAUGUAAAACAGCUGCGAACAUUCAGAGAUUAGCUCGCCCCUCCUCCAUCGAUGGCCUACACCGGCCGCUAGAACCCGUCCAGGUGCUGGCCGUCAUCCUCUAUCUUCAAUUACGAGUCAGCAACAACACUGCGAAUAGAAAGAGAAAGGUUGAUUCACUUGCACUCCUCUAUCUAGUCCUGUGUGGUGAUAUCCUCGACUCCUCGGUUCGGAGCUAGCAGCGGUUCUUCAACUUCCCUGCUGCGUUGUCGCGAUUGUUGGUAAAUAAUCCUUGUUCUACUAUUGCCUUGUAGUAAUGCUGGAUGGGUUCCCCCUUGUUUUGGAACCAUAAUAAUACAAGUUUGUCUCUACGCUCCUGUUCCUGUGAUUACAAUAGCAGAGAAAAGUACCAAGGGUCAGAGCCAAACCAGAGUGAACCAUACCAAUCAGAACAUGGUCAUUUGGAACCAACUCUAAUCGUUUGUUCAUCUAACUGCAGCAGAGAAAUUUUUUAUACUUUGUUCAUCUACGGUGCCAAGUUGAGCGGACACUGUAGCACUCGAGAAGAUGGGGAGAGGAUGUGUGGUGAAGAGAAAACAUAGGGUUUCAAAAUCGUCCAUUGGUGGUAGCAUCUAAUCAUUUUAUCCAAAGUGUAAUGGACAUGUGUAUGUAUGUGCAGUAGCAUAUUUUACUCGAAUCGAGUUAUUUUUUUAAUGCACGAAGUUUGUGCAGCCAAAAAAACAUGUAUUAAACUGGUUUUUGUGUAUUUUUCUAACCUUUUCUACACCUUUCUACGAGA